AUGGCCACAAGGAUGUUGAAAGGACUCUCAAAUGCCCUCCUACUCGCCCUGGUUGGCCGGGUUGUGGGGGCAGCUUCUCCGGGGAGCGUCACAUUUAAUAACGACAACCGGUACCUGUUCGACGUCGACGGAAAUCAUAUCAGUGCUUAUGCACUCAAGAUAUAUAAUUUUGAGGACAAGUACUAUGCGUACGGUCUUGACUUCACCUCAGGAACAGGGCUUGACAGACCUCUGGUUGCUUGGUCCUCUGUUGAUCUCGUCAAUUGGAAGUCAGAGGGGGUCCUCUCAGAGCUUUCCGGAGGACGGCCCCACAUACUAUUCAACCCAACCAGCCAGCAGUAUGUGCUGUGGUCCAAUCCAUCGGCAGGUUACGAGGUCGCUACUUCGUCUGCGCCUAACUCUCCGUUCUCUACGGACAAAGGUCUGGCGGCAUUAGACCCACAGUUCACCGGUUUGCAGCCGGCGGACUUCACGGUCGCGUCCAUUGGUGACCAAGGCUACCUCGUGUGGUCGGCGCUCAACUUCAGGGACCCUCGAGCGGGAAGCCUGUGGCCACCAGUAUUCCAGACGAUGCACGUGUCGCCACUUACGCCCGACUUCCUCAACACGACACAGACGAGCACAAACGUGACAUCUGCUGGUUUCGACCUUGUCGAUCAAGAAGCCGAGACGCCGGAUCUAUUCGUUCGCAACGGAAUUUAUUACAUCGUGGCAAGCAACACAUGCGGCUUCUGCGAUGGGAGCAUAGGCUUCGUUUAUCGAUCGACAUCCAUCGACGGUCCUUGGGAACGCGACAUUGUCUCGGCGUUUACUUGUGGGUCUCAGGUCGAAGGAGUGCUCCCGCUCACAGACCCUGUUACGAACGAGACAACCUUCGUCUGGCACGGGACUUCGGUCCCAGGUGGUCCCAGAGUCAGCUUCUCUGGUCACUUCUUCCAGCCGAUGCGAUUCAAUGACGAUGGGAGUGUCCAGGAUCUGGACUGCACUCCAGGCGCACAGUUUACGGUACCUCUGGGCCUCGGAGCUGGCGAACCUGACAGCGGAGCGUUGACGACUGCUACGGACAUGUCGCCUCGUUUCGCGGAUUAUAGUCCCGUGUGCGACACACUCACCUUCCAGAGUGUGAUUCAGACUUGGACGAAUUCCAAGGCCGGGACAUUGAACUCGGUUUCGGUCAAUCUGGCCGCCGGCGGACAAGAGACCGGAAUCAUGAUCACGGUGUUCAGAUUCAGCAACGUGAACGACCUCGUGGCGCCAUCUUACAAGUUUGAAGUACUCGGCUCUACAACGUUCAAUGCGAGCGACAUUGGAACGUCGUUCAAGGCCAUGAGGGUACCCACAAACGCAACCGUUGCUCAGGGAGACCAGUUGGGAUUCUACAUUGCUGAUCCUGCCGCAGCAAGUCCGCAGGGGUCUUCGAAUCUCAUACCAUAUUGCCAUUUGGAGUAUAAUAUCGGCGCACCUAAUGGCUCGGAAACACCUGCUGGGCAGCUUGCCUUCGAGCAGGCCGCCGGGCAGAACUCGUUCCGCGGCCUCGACGGCAUGACAAGCCCGGUACGGGAGAGGACUGGCAAGGGCAUUAAGUUCUUCGCGACUGUAGGCUGUGCCUUAGGAGUAAAUUGCUUAAUUAAUUAA